AUGGCACUCAACCCCAAGAGCCCGUCAGUACACAAUCAAAUGAUCAUGCGAUUUAUAAAGCACCCAAAAUCCACAAACUUCGAUGGCGACGAAGAUCGGCCGGUCAAACGUCAAAAGACGGCCAACAGUCCCAAGAAAGCGCCGCCUACACCACGGAGGACUAUCAAGCACGAAACACUUGAUUCUGAUGAUGAAAAUGAGGGCACAGUGUUCAAGGAAGAGGCGAAGGAGCAUAAGACAGACCUAGAGAGUGCCCUGCCAGAAGUAAAGAGUGGUGAUGACGCCAUUGAGGAAUAUGAGGCUUUCAAGGCAUCACAGGAAGAACAGACUGAAGGAGCAGACGAACGCUUGGAAAAACGAACCUGGGUGCGAGGAAAGAGUUCACUAUAUGUUGACGCGUUCAAUCUGGCAUUGGACACUGUCUUGGAUGAGGAAAGCCAUCUGUUUGAUGAAGCUGAGACGGAAGUCUUUCGAAUAUGGAGGGAUCUGGACUAUGAAGCGCAGUACCUAUACGUACGCCUAUUCCUACGCAAGACAUCGGCAUGGCACCGCAUUAAGAACCUAGGCUAUCAUAGCGAUAUAUCAGACCUCCAAGCUGCAGCUGAAAAAUUGCAACGAUCCUACGAUUUACCAGCGCCAUCCUCCAAAGUCGAGACACAUCCAGGCGAGCAGGAUGCACCGGCAGGGACGACGAUGGGCGCGUCUUUCACCUUCGCCGACCGGUCAGAGGAGGAGAUAACCACACUUGAGCAGGCUUCCUCGCUUCUCAAGCUUGACGAGCUCAAAGCUCUUGCAAAGGAUGCCAAGGUCAAAGGGAAAAAUAAAGGAGAACUUCUGAAAGCACUGCGACGCACAAGCAAGAAGCAAACAGGCCUAAGCUACUUUGGACUAAAACGUUCUGACUCCGAGAUGUCGAGAGACUCCUCUACGUCUAGGUCUCGGCCAGAAACACCAGAUACGGAAGUAGAGCCUGGGGGUGAUCUCUCGGACGAUACCAACCGUGAUGCGCAUUUUACGCGCAGGAUCCUGCAAGAGACAGGAUCUUGUAUUCGACUCUCAUUGACUACCCUGAAGCUUUUCGAGCGUGUUCAUCUUGUGUUUUAUCGCUCCACUGAGUGGACUGAGAAGUCAUUGACCACUAUCAUUCUAGCAAAGAUAGCACGUUGGAACUUCCCAGAGUACAUUGUUUCUCGGUCCACAAACAUAUUUGCUUCCCGUUCGUUGCUUCUGGAGUACGAGGCAUCUAUACGUACCCAACAUCGGAUAGACGAUAUCCUGGAGUUUAACGGAAGGUCCACGGAAAAGGAUUUCCAGGAAAUCAUAGACACGUUCGAAGAAAUAUAUCCACGCUGGCAAGUGCUCGUUCGGGAAGAGCAACGUAAGGAAGAAAGCGUAUAUCACAGCGGCGAAGGCUCGUACUUACGACGUCUAUCGCCAGCAUGGGUAUAUACGCGCAUUAUUCAUAAGGCGCUUGAUGUACUCAGACGCCAAAAAGAGCACAAGCGUGAGCACAAACUCUUGAUGGAACUGCUAGAUCAGAGACUUUUCCACCAUUCGCGGAGAGGUGCGUGGUAUCAACGUAAAGCGUUGCUUGAGGAGCAUUAUAUGGCUGCGCUCACUGAAGCUGGGAGUAGAAGCGUGGAAAAACAGAAAAGCCACUGGAAGAACAUCGCUUUACAGACUUGUGAACUUGGCUUACAAGAUAAUCUUGUGCAUAUCAUUCACCACUAUGAUCUCCAAAAGCGUAUCACAAAACUUGAAAAGUCCCUCAAGUUCGUCAAACGAUUACAGCAUGACUUCUCACACGUCCGGUUGGCGAAGCCGAUUGAAGUCACUAUGGAAGGAAUCCGUAUUGAGCGCGAAAGGCCAUCGAUAUCUCGAAGGAAUAGCUCACCACAUCCUGGCAGACGUGGUGGUAAGACGAUUUGGAUAGAUCCUCGCGAGGAUGGCGAGUGCUCGGUGGAGGCGAUGUGUUUGUCACAAUACCGUGACCAGGGUUGGAAAGGCUACCACAGCGAAGGUGGCAUCAUCCGCACGCUCUUCGCAUACCUUUUUUACGACGUCUUAUUUACAUACAUACCCAACGUGUUUCAAACGCCGUAUCAAACAUGUCCGCUAGAUUUGCAUACCGACGCCUUCUACCCUUCGCGUAUAUCCGAGAUCAAUGCACGACUGAACGAGAUAUCAAACGGCGACGCGCCAUCAAUCAUACAGAGAGUUUACGAUGCCCAUCACGAGCGCCGAACAUGUAUCAUAGGUCUCGAUUGGACAUACGGUGUCUCCGAUUUAGUCGAGAUUGCCCAUUGCUUCGAUGGUGACGCACUCGCAACAGUAUGUAAGGUCAUGGCCCAAGAAUAUGGGCAGCGAGGUGGCGGUGUACCUGAUUUGUUUCUUUGGAAACUGCCGGAGGAGGAAGGUAAGAAGGGCGAAGUCAAGUUCGCAGAGGUGAAGAGUGAGAAUGAUCGCUUGAGUGACACACAAAGAAUGUGGAUUCACGUACUUUCUGGUGCAGGAGUGAGAGUCGAACUCUGUGCUGCCGUUGCAAAAGAGGUAAAGGUUGUUUCAAUCACGAUGGUACCUCCCGCCGAAGCCACUGUGCUCAAUGUGACCGAAACGAACGCAAUCUCCAUGCGUAAUCAGCAAGAAUCUCCCUUUCUGCGCUUACCCGCGGAGAUCCGAAACGAGAUAUAUGCGUACAUUUUCGACAACACUAGUGUAUCGCUAUAG